AUUAGGAAAAGUGGACUUUAUAUAUGUGUUGUCCUAGUUCGAGUCUCGCUUGAUGUGGAGACGGAGGCUAAGCGGGAUGGAAAUUGGGGCUUUUGCGGGCUUCUGGAUACAUCAGAAGAAGCUGGCUUAUCCGCAUCUGUCAGCUUAAACUACUGGAGUUUGGAUGGCGCCUUUCUAGUCCCAUAUUUCGUGAGUGUCUUCCUCGCCGGAGUGCCCAUAUUCUUCCUCGAGGUAGCCCUUGGCCAAUUCAUGUCCCGUGGUGGAGUUGAGGCCUGGAACAUCUGUCCUCUACUCAAAGCUUUCAGAUCCCUCACUACUGACGGUCACUCUCAUCUGCCCUCUCAAACUCUCUGCUUUUGCAAUUCCAAUCACGGGCAAGAUGAUAGCCAAGAAUCUGCAAGUUCAGAGGCGAGAAAGCUACGAGCUCACCAAAUUCAUCAUUUGAAUCAACUGGCUGGGCUCGCUUGCCCUAAAGAGAUCAGGGAGUCUGCUUCGAACCCGCACUGCCCGGCUCGAGUGCCCGUGAGUCUGUGA